AUGGAACCAAGGCUCAGGAGGCUUGUGGAGGCAUUCUCUGACCCAAUCACAGAGGUGUACCUGCUCUUCUAUCAAGCAACGUUUCCAGUCUUCUCCACCUUCAACCUCCUUCUCCAGAGAGAGAAGUCGUCCAUCUUCCUUCUACAUGAUGAGAUGAGGGAUUUCAUCCGCAAGCUGCUCUCGAAGUUUCUGAAGCCCGCAGCAUUGCAGCACCGGGAACUGCAUGAAAUCUGCUUUAAGGAGCCAUCCAACCAACUGCCAGGAGAAAAGUUGGUGAUUGGCUUCACUACUCGAGCUACACUCAACAGGCUCCUUGAAGCAGGAGACAUUACACCGCAGCAAGUGCAGAGGUUCCAGCAGGCAGCAGUGGCAUUUCUGGAAAGGGCUGUGGAGUAUGCCAUCAAGAAACUCCCCAUGAAAGAGCCUCUGAUAAAACAUGCCAUGUUUCUGGAUGUCCAGCAGAGAGCAGAGUGUGGAGUGGAAGAUGCCCUCUACUUUGUCGACAGGUUUCCUGAACUUCUCCCGUACAAUGGACCUGAGGAGCGUGACAAACUGAGUGAGGAGUUUCUGGACUACCAGUCCAUGGACAUUGCCAUGCCCGAAGACCCAGCAAUGUUUGACUUUGAGAGCUUUUGGGGGAACAUGGCAUCAAUGAAGAAUAAGGUGACCGGUAUGAGCAGAUUUGGCAGGCUGUCUCGUAUUGCCAAGUUGGUCUUGGUACUUCCUCAUUCAAAUGCUGAUGCAGAACGAGUUUUCUCUGUGGUUGGACUGAACAAAACCAAAACCCGAAACAGUUUGGCUCUUGAGGGAACUCUAUCAUCCAUCAUGACAGUGAAGAUGGUGAGCCUUGAGCCACAGUGUUUUAAGUGGGAGCCCCCUGCCUCUGUCAUCAAGGCAUCAAAAUCUGCGACAAACACCUACAACAUGAGACAUGUCCCCAGCUAAA